UGCUCACUGGGGAUGAGACUGUUUGACAGAGACGGAGAGACAAACGGUCAAAGUCAGAGAGCUGGAAAAUUGGGGAAAAACGAGCGAGCCGGAUAUGAAAUAGAGGUGCAUUAGAGAGGACAAUAUCAACGAGUCUAUCAAAAGACAAACGUCCAGUUCUCAGAGCGCUUUAGCUGUCAGGAAACAUAGACUGAACUUUGUCAAUGAAUCACAAAUGUAGAGCUGAAGUGAGCUGACGGAAAGACACAUGGCUGGGAAAGAACCUGUUUAGAUACCAGACAAGUCUCUUUUGCUGUUACGCUAUCACGCCUCACCCCCACAAAGAAAGAAAGACAGAAGAUAGAGAUGAAGAGGAUAAUGUAAAAGUGGCUUGGAUGGUGUGUUUCAUAGAAUAUAAAAUGACACAAGUCUUCAAAAUGUUGUGAUCUACCAAAAGUCUCAUCCACAGCAAGACAGAGAACCCCCAGGAAAAAAGAGAGAGAGAGAGUAAGAAAUAGAGAGUGGGAGGAGGACUAAAACCAGCAGCAACAAAAAAGUGGCCGUGGCCAAAAGGUUAAUAUCUCAGAGUGACUGUUAGAGAGAUAGAAAAAAGUUAGAGGGGGCUCCAGUCAGCAACACUAGAGAUGGAGUGAGAGGAAGGAAGGCAGAGGGACAUCUGCAUUGUAUGGAUGAGAUCCUGACCAAGUGAACUGGACUGGGAACUCCAUUGCAACAUCCCAUGGGCAAAUAACUUCAGGAGGAGGACGGCCAAAGUCUGGGACCACUACUAAGAGGGCUCUCUAGCUGAGAAAUGUCAAUUCUGAAUAUGACAGUAUCCCUUGACAGACUGAACAAGGAGCAUUGGAAACUUUGGCAAUAAUCACUCUACUGAAGUCUCUAAAUGAUCCAGGACUUGAGCUGUGUGGUCUUUUAAAACUCUCUGUAAGUAUGACAAACCAGUCAAACACUGAGCACUGGCGCACACAUGUUGUCUGCUGAAGACCUACAGUAACUCUCUGACGGGACUCCAGUGGGACUUAGAUGCAUAAAAAGACAUAUUUUAUAUUAGUAGGGCUUCAUUUGAGUUUUUUAAAGUCUGGGAAGCAGCUCUCCAACCUGUCAGUGUGUGUUCUAACUACUCUGUUGGGAUUUUGUUGUUGAAAGAAGACAUUUUUAAUUAUCACUGAUUUAUAUGUUUUUGUUCGACUUGCACAGGAACACUGUAGUUUCCAGGUUUAAAUAUGUAUUGACAAUACAGUAACUUUACUGGGCUGCAACCCAAACUGCACUACUGGGACUACUCAAGGAAUACUUUCUAUGUUUUAUGUUUAGUUAGCAAUCCAGUCAUAUCCAUAAGUUGCACUGUUGUCCAAGAUGGAUUAGGAGUGCUUUUGCAACAGUGUGUGAUCAUUUUUAUAGAGAGAGCUAACAGCGUCAGUCAUGAUGAACAGUGCAGAUAUUGUAUUUAGUUUGCUGGAGGUUUGUCAGCAGUAGGUGCUCUUACAGUUAGUCACAUCCAUGCUUGGAAUAAUUGUUGUCUGAGAAGAAACAUCACUUCCUUUGUUUGUAGGAAUGGAAUUCAUGACAUUGGAGGAGGAGUACAUGUUGAGAUUUAAAGCUACUGAAACUCUCAGUAGAGACAUUAUUAUUGCUGUUACACCUUGUGCCUUCCCCUGAGGCUUAACUAUAUCCAUACAUUGCACAAAGUGAGAUCUUUUGCUACUGAAGCCUAGUUCUAAGGAUGCCAUAACUGCUGUGACAGCUGUAUGUGCACUACCUGACCUGACUAAAGGACAGCAGUGCACCAUCAAGUGCAUCCUUUGCUACUGAAGAAGAAAAAUCUAAUCUGAGGAACUAUCACAACACCUUUACUGACCCUUUUGCCAGUUAAGGAAUUAAAGGAAUAAUCUUAGGACCUGUACAUUCUAGGGAAGAUCAACGAGACAAGUAGUGACUGUGAGACAACUGAGUGGAGCCAUGCUGAGAGGCCUGUUUCAGAGGAAACCUAAACAUGAGAGACUGGAGGAGGAACCUGAGGUCAGAUUUAAAGGCUUGCUGGUGUCAGAGAGAGACCUGGGAUACACAUAUGUCCAACCUGGAGGCUCCGACUAUUCUCCCCCUCCUCCCCUGCCUCGGCCUCCUCCACCCGGCCUGACAAAUGAGCAUAGUGGCAGUGGUAGCCGUGGUGACCAUGGCGGAGGAGGAGGCGGGGUCAACCACGGGGUGGGCGUGGUUGGCCUGGCCCCAGAGCACAUCCCCACACCAGGGGCAGCCCUGAGCUGGCAGGCGGCCAUCGAUGCUGCGCGCCAGGCGAAGAUGAUGGGCAAUGCUGCAUCAGGUGGAGGGGCAGGGCUUGGGUCUGGAGGGGGCGGGCCCAUCUCCACGGCCAGCUCCACGCAAAGGAAGAGACAACACUAUAGCUCUAAGCCCAAGAAACAGACAGCGACGACAGCUACAAGGCCGCCACGGGCCCUACUCUGUCUCACGCUCAAGAACCCCAUCCGCAGGGCCUGCAUCAGCAUCGUAGAGUGGAAACCAUUUGAGAUCAUCAUCCUGAUGACCAUUUUCGCCAACUGUGUGGCCUUAGCCGUCUAUAUCCCCUUCCCUGAGGAUGACUCGAACGCCACCAACUCCAACCUGGAGCGUGUGGAGUAUCUGUUCCUCAUCAUUUUCACAGUGGAGGCGUUCCUGAAGGUAAUAGCUUAUGGCCUGCUCUUUCACCCCAACGCCUACCUGAGGAACGGCUGGAAUCUGCUCGACUUCAUCAUUGUAGUCGUAGGGUUAUUUAGUGCGAUCUUGGAACAGGCCACCAAGGGGGACGGGGCCACGCCUAUUGGUGGGAAGGCGGCAGGCUUCGAUGUCAAGGCUCUGAGGGCAUUCAGAGUACUCAGACCGCUCAGACUGGUCUCUGGAGUACCAAGUUUACAGGUUGUGUUGAACUCCAUUAUCAAAGCCAUGGUUCCUCUGCUCCAUAUUGCCCUGCUGGUCCUCUUCGUCAUCAUCAUCUAUGCCAUCAUCGGCCUGGAGCUCUUCAUGGGCAAGAUGCACAAGACCUGCUUUUACGACCAUGGAACCACUGCAGAGGAAAAGCCGGCACCAUGCGCCCCUGAUGGUGCUUAUGGUCGACACUGUACACAGAAUGGAACCAAGUGCACGGUGGGAUGGGAGGGCCCCAAUGACGGCAUCACCAACUUUGACAACUUUGCCUUUGCCAUGUUAACGGUGUUCCAGUGUAUAACCAUGGAGGGCUGGACGGAUGUACUGUACUGGAUGCAGGAUGCUAUGGGCUAUGAGCUGCCAUGGGUCUAUUUUGUCUCUCUCGUCAUCUUCGGCUCCUUUUUCGUUCUCAAUCUCGUUCUGGGGGUGUUGAGCGGAGAGUUUUCCAAGGAGAGGGAGAAGGCCAAGGCACGUGGUGACUUCCAGAAACUCAGAGAAAAACAGCAACUGGAGGAGGACCUCAAGGGCUAUUUAGACUGGAUCACUCAGGCUGAAGACAUUGACCCAGAGAAUGAAGAGGAGGGCAUGGACGAUGACAAACCCAGAAACCGAGUGUCUCCAGCCCACCUGGGUAAGAAGACCAGUAAGCUUGCCUGGUUCAGUCACUCUACUGACUCUCAGGACGUGAGCAUGCCAGCCAGUGAGAAUGAAUCAGUCAACACAGACAACGCCCCCGGGGGAGAUGUGGAGGGGGAGACCUGCUGUACCCGGCUAGCAAAUAGGAUCUCCAAAUCCAAGUUCAGUCGCUACUCUCGAAGGUGGAACAGGCUGUGCAGAAGGAAGUGCCGUGCGGCGGUCAAAUCGCAGGUUUUCUAUUGGCUGGUCAUCUUCCUGGUGUUCCUCAACACUCUUACCAUCGCCUCUGAACAUCACAAACAGCCACAGUGGUUAACUGACGUACAAGAUAUAGCCAAUAAGGUGUUGCUAGCACUCUUCACUGGUGAGAUGCUGUUGAAGAUGUACAGUCUGGGCCUGCAGGCGUACUUUGUUUCGCUCUUUAACCGCUUCGACAGCUUCGUAGUAUGUGGAGGAAUUCUGGAGACCAUUCUGGUGGAAACCAAGAUCAUGUCUCCUCUCGGCAUCUCUGUGUUGCGUUGUGUACGCUUGCUACGAAUCUUCAAAAUAACCAGAUACUGGAACUCACUGUCCAACCUGGUGGCCUCCCUGCUAAACUCUGUUCGCUCCAUCGCUUCCCUGUUGCUCCUGCUCUUCCUCUUCAUUAUCAUCUUCUCCCUGCUUGGCAUGCAGCUCUUUGGGGGAAAAUUCAACUUCGACGAGACCCGACGCAGCACUUUCGACAAUUUUCCCCAGUCCCUGCUCACAGUGUUUCAGAUCCUGACUGGAGAGGACUGGAACUCUGUGAUGUAUGAUGGCAUCAUGGCAUACGGUGGACCAUCAUUCCCAGGCAUGCUGGUCUGCAUCUACUUCAUCAUACUCUUCAUAUGCGGAAACUAUAUCCUGCUAAAUGUCUUCUUGGCCAUUGCUGUAGACAAUCUGGCAGACGCCGAGAGCCUGACAUCUGCCCAGAAAGAAGAGGAAGAGGAGAAGGAGAGGAAAAAACUGGCCAGACUCGCCAGUCCAGAGAAGCGUCAUGACAACGAGAAGCCGCCUCUGGAGGAGGAGAAGAAGGAGAAAAUAGAGCUGAAGUCCAUCACAUCUGAUGGAGAGACCAACACCGCUACUAAGAUCAACAUGGAUGACUACUGUGGAGAUGAGAGUGAAGAGAAGAAUCCAUAUCCUGCAAAUGAUUAUAUAGGAGACGAUGAUGAUGACGAGCCAGAGAUGCCAGUGGGCCCAAGGCCGCGGCCACUCUCGGACAUUCAGCUGAAGGAGAAGGCUGUUCCCAUGCCUGAGGCCCGUGCUUUCUUUGUCUUCAGCCACACCAACAAAUUCAGGGUUUUGUGCCAUAAGAUCGUCAACCACAACAUCUUCACCAACCUCAUCCUCUUCUUCAUCCUGCUCAGCAGCAUCAGUCUGGCAGCAGAGGAUCCGGUCAAGAAUGACUCCUUCAGAAACCAGAUCUUGGGCUAUGCAGAUCAUGUCUUCACUGGACUCUUCACCAUAGAGAUCAUUCUCAAGAUGACAGCCUAUGGAGCCUUCCUCCACAAAGGUUCAUUCUGUAGAAACUAUUUCAACAUCCUGGACUUGGUGGUGGUCAGUGUGUCCCUCAUCUCCUCUGGGAUACAGUCCAGUGCUAUUAAUGUGGUGAAAAUCCUGAGAGUUCUGCGAGUGCUCAGACCACUAAGGGCCAUCAACAGAGCCAAGGGGCUAAAGCACGUAGUGCAGUGCGUGUUUGUGGCCAUCAGGACCAUUGGCAAUAUUGUCAUUGUCACCACGUUGCUCCAGUUCAUGUUCGCGUGUAUUGGAGUACAACUCUUUAAGGGCAAGUUCUUCUCCUGCACCGACAACUCUAAACAGACUCAGGCAGAGUGCAGGGGCUCCUACAUCAUGUAUAAGGACAGAGAUGUGGGGAAGCCUGAAAGAGCUUCAAGAGUGUGGGAGAACAGUGAAUUUAACUUUGACGAUGUCCUUCAAGGAAUGAUGGCUCUGUUUGCUGUGUCUACUUUUGAGGGCUGGCCAGGGUUACUGUACCGGGCCAUAGACUCUCAUGCUGAGGACGUUGGGCCCAUCUACAACUACCGCGUGGUUAUCUCCAUCUUCUUCAUCAUCUACAUCAUCAUCAUUGCCUUCUUCAUGAUGAACAUCUUUGUUGGUUUCGUCAUUGUCACAUUCCAGGAGCAAGGAGAGCAAGAAUAUAAGAACUGUGAGCUGGACAAGAAUCAGCGUCAGUGUGUGGAGUAUGCCUUGAAGGCCCGUCCACUGCGCCGCUACAUCCCUAAGAACCCCUACCAGUACAAAGUGUGGUACGUGGUCAACUCCACCUACUUUGAGUACCUGAUGUUCACACUGAUCCUUCUCAACACCAUCUGUCUGGCUAUGCAGCAUCAUGGACAGACCAAAAAUUUCAAUGAUGCCAUGAACAUUCUCAACAUGCUCUUCACUGGACUCUUCACUGUGGAGAUGAUCCUUAAACUGAUUGCCUUCAAACCUAGGGGGUACUUUAGUGAUCCCUGGAAUGUGUUUGAUUUCCUCAUCGUAAUUGGCAGCAUAAUAGACGUCAUUCUCAGUGAGAUCAACCCAGCUGACUCGUCCUCGUCCUCGUCCUCCUCUUCUUCGUCCUCCUCCUCCUCCUCUUCCUCCUCUCACCCCCCUGUGGUAAGGCCAAUGGUACGCUUCGACGGUAACCUCGUCCGCCUCCCUACCUCCUUCACCAACCCUCCAUCCCUCCAUCCUUCCAUCCCUUCUUCUGCUACGCCAUCCAUGGGACUGCAGAACUCUGAAGAGAACGCCAGGAUCUCCAUCACCUUCUUCCGGCUGUUCCGCGUGAUGAGGCUGGUGAAGCUGCUGUCUCGCGGGGAAGGGAUUCGGACCCUGCUGUGGACCUUCAUCAAAUCCUUCCAAGCUCUGCCCUACGUAGCUCUGCUUAUAGUGAUGCUAUUCUUCAUAUACGCUGUCAUCGGCAUGCAGAUGUUUGGUAAGAUAGCGCUGCGGGACCAGACACAGAUCAACAGGAACAACAAUUUCCAGACGUUCCCUCAGGCAGUACUGCUGCUCUUCAGAUGUGCAACAGGUGAGGCGUGGCAGGAGAUCAUGCUGGCGUGCUCAGCCAAUCGGCCAUGUGAGAAGGGAUCGACCAAUGAGAACAGCACAUCCAACGAGGAAUGUGGCAGCCAGUUUGCCAUCAUUUACUUUGUUAGCUUCUACAUGCUCUGUGCCUUUCUGAUCAUCAACCUGUUUGUGGCUGUCAUCAUGGAUAACUUUGACUACCUGACACGUGACUGGUCGAUCCUGGGGCCGCAUCAUCUUGACGAAUUCAAGAGGAUCUGGGCUGAAUAUGACCCAGAAGCUAAGGGGAGAAUAAAGCACCUUGAUGUGGUGACUCUGCUCCGGAGGAUUCAGCCUCCCCUCGGCUUUGGAAAGCUUUGCCCCCACAGGGUGGCCUGCAAGCGUCUGGUGUCAAUGAAUAUGCCUCUGAACAGCGAUGGAACAGUGAUGUUCAAUGCCACACUGUUUGCCCUGGUCAGAACCGCACUCAGGAUUAAGACAGAAGGUAACCUGGAGCAGGCCAAUGAAGAACUGAGGGCAAUAGUGAAGAAGAUCUGGAAGAGGACCAGCAUGAAGCUCUUGGAUCAAGUAGUGCCCCCUGCUGGCGAUGAUGAGGUAACAGUUGGGAAGUUCUACGCUACCUUCCUCAUCCAAGAAUAUUUCCGCAAGUUUAAGAAGAGGAAAGAACAAGGGCUGGUGGCCAAGGUGCCCCCCAAAACUGCCCUCUCUCUGCAGGCGGGCCUGCGGACAUUGCAUGAUAUUGGUCCAGAGAUACGGAGGGCCAUCUCUGGAGACCUGACAGUGGAAGAGGAACUGGAUAAAGGCCUGAAGGAGCCUGUGUCGGCAGCAUCCGAGGACGAUAUCUUCAGGGUAAAGCGUACGGGUGGGUUGUUUGGCAACCAUGUCAACUACUACAACCAGAGUGAUGGCCGCGGGUCUUUCCCACAGUCUUUCACUACCCAGCGUCCCUUGCAUAUCAGCCAGAAGGGCUCACCUUGCGAAGGAGAGAGCCCAUCCCACGAGAAGCUCAUGGACUCAACCACUUUCACCCCUUCCUCAUACUCCUCAUCAGGCUCCAAUGCAAACAUCAACAAUGCUAACAACACUGGCAUGGCUGGGGUAGCAACCCAGGGUAUCAGUCGAUUCCCAAGCCCAUCUAUAAGCACUGUGGAUGGGCACACAGGGCAGCCACUCACCCCCAUCCUGCUGCCAAGAUCUGCGUGGUGCUUUCCUCCUAAGAGGACGUGUUUUUAUGACAACCUCAUGCGCUCGGACUCAAGUGAUAGUCAUCUGCCAAUCAUACGAAGAGGGGAGGGGUCAACAGAGGAGACCUACGAUGAGAGCUAUGGCGACGACAGGGAGUACCAUGAGGACGACCACUCACUCUCCUCUGACAUGCUAGUGUAUCAUGAUGAAACAUGUAAGCAGUUGGCUCCCAUGGAGGAAGGAGAGCAGGAUGAUGACAGAAGAGGAGGAGGAGGGUGGCAGUCUCCCAGGAGAGUUUUUCUCUGCCCCACUUCUCUGGGGCGGAGAUCAUCCUUCCAUCUUGAGUGUCUCAGGAGACAGUCAAGGCCAGAUGUCUCCCAGAAGACGGCUGUACCCUUACACCUUGUACAUCAUCAGGCUUUGGCAGUGGCAGGGUUGAGUCCUCUGCUAAGGAGGAGUCACUCACCUACCCUCUUCAGCCGGCUGUGCUCCACACCUCCAGCCAGUCCCACAGCCCAUGGCAGUGAUGCCUCCUACCAGCGAGUACCCUCUCUGAGGCUAGAGGGCUCCAACUCCCUUGAAAAGCUCAAUACCAGCUUGCCCUCUGUCAACUGUGGGCCCUGGUACAGUGACAGUAAUGGGAACAGCCGAGGGCCUAGUCCCAGUCCCACCCCUAGUGUGUCGGUGUCCAGUCAAAGAGCACCACGGCCGGUGUCGCUCACAGUGCCCUCGCUACUGGGAAAAGACUCCAGCUCGCUGUGUCACGGCAGCGCAGGCAGUCUGGUGGAGGCGGUGCUAAUAUCAGAGGGUUUGGGUCAUUUCGCUCAGGACCCAUCAUUCAUUGAGGCAACCAAAGCCGAGUUGGCUGACGCCUGCGACAUGACCAUCGAAGAGAUGGAGCACGCUGCCAACAACAUUCUCAAUGGCAACACCACCACGAACGCCACGUCCAGCACCUCCUCCACCUCCCAGCACAGCCCUAACGGCAACCUCCUCCCAUUCCACACAGCAGCAGCAGCAGCAACGCACAGGGACCGAGUGGUCAGCUUGAGUCCCAGCGAGGGCGGGGGAGAGGCUGGAGGAAGCAGAGGCUCCGUCCACGGGCCGUCCUCGGUGGAGGAGCGGCAGGAGCUGCUAGCAGGGGGGAGAGGACAAGAAGAGGAGGAGGAAGAGGCAGGAGAAAGAGAGGAGGGGCACCAUAGAAGCUCAGGUGUGAGUGGAGCAGCGCGGCAGAGGAACAGCGGGCUGUUGGAGGAUGAGGAUAUGGAGUGUGUGACAAGUUUGUAGGAGUUGGCUCAACGGGUUCGAUCGGCCGACUGGCCCCUCUGACAUCAUCAGAGACUGACGCUUGUCAGUGCUGGGUAACAGUGCCGCAGCUGGCUCUGUCUGUCUCCGCCCUUCACAUAAAUAAACACACACUCACACACUGUCUGCCUCUCUGCCAGACGUGACCGCUCUGGACAAUGGCGGCCAGUGAUGCAACCGUAAACACCUGGUUACAACUUUGUUGGUUUAUAUGAGUUUGUAUGUGCGUGAAUGUUUGUAGUAAAGUAUACCACACUAUACUCUAUACUAUUGAGUGUAUGCUUGUGUGCGUGAUCUAUGAUUUUCUCUAUUUGUACGUGUGUGUGUGUGCGUGUGUUCUCCACACGUGUCUGAGUGUGUCUCUAAAGUGCCUCACAGUUUUAUCAUGUCCUCAAAGUGUGAAGAGCAGAAAAGUAGAGACAAGCAAAAAAAGAUGAAAGGAAAGUAUCAAUGAAGGAAGGAUAGAAAGGAAACAACAGAGGCAGGAAGUCUUUUUAUGGAUUUCUUGCUGUUAAUGUAGUGUGUUUAUUGUUUUCAUUUCCUAUGCCUACUUUGGUGUUGUGUUAUUGUUGUUUGUCUGGCCGCCAUGAAGCCAGGUAGGGGACAGCAGACCAGCUUGUGGGGGGGUCAGUAAAGGAUUAAAAUCUGACCGCACCCACUUGAGGUCAAAGGUCAUCUUCUUGGUUCACUGAUGAUGAAGCGCUGUAUUGAGUAAAACGGGGAUGAGGAAAACCCUGUUUGAAAUCUCAUUUCUCCUUCUCUUCCAAAGCUAAGGAAUCUUGGAGCACAGCCCUGCCAGCCUGGGGGUGGGAUUAAGGUGACACACCACCCCCAGCCAAGGGGGGGAAGGAUUUGAGGGAUGGACCAACAGCUGCAGCAGGGCUGCUCUCGGGGGCCACGGGCAGAGAGACACUCUCUGGCCAACAGGAAGCUAGCCAGCUCUUUUUUCCACUGGUCAAUAAAUGAGAGACAAACUCACCUCGUUGGUCACCUAGAUCUGGCUUUGCCUCCUCCGCCGCUUUUCCUUGUUUGGCCACGGCCACUUCCUGCAACAGACAGGAAAUGGGAGGAGCAUCUGGUGGCUAAGCAGAGACAGCGAGCCCCCUUUUCUGCCUCAUACCUCGCCGUUCCUCACUCCUCCCUCUCUCCUUCCUCCCUCCUCUUUGGUUAUUCAACCAUCCCUCUUCCUCCAUCGCUGGGUUUUUGCUUUUUCAGCCCUCGGGGAAGCGUGUGUGUGUCGAACAGGGCAACAGAGACGGCAGGGUUGAGGAAAGAAUGGGAGUGACCGAUUGAAAAGAAAUCAGACUCGGGGCAUUGAUCCACACAGGAUCUGUCCAUCAAUCAAUCUCACUUCCUUCUCCAAAACCCUCCUCUUCCUCUCAGCGUGGAAUCCUAUUGGAUUUGCUGCCACACACUCUCUACAGACCACGCCCACUAUGUAUUUAACAGUUCAAUAUUGUGCAAAACCUGCUAGCCAUGACUAUUUUGUUUUAUAUUCAUGAUGUUAUUGGUUUAAUUUAUCCUUGAUUUGUUUGCACAAUUGGGGUGCUGGUCUUAUAAAUGUAUUUUUGCUCGGUUUAUUUUAGGAGAAUUUUAAGAGGUUUUAAGUAUCGAAGCAGGGCGUAGAGUUUGCGUGCAAGUGUAUAAUUAUAAUUGUGUGUGCAGAUGUGUGUCUGCAUUUUAGUACAGGAUGUAUGUGUGUAUGAGUGUGUGAGAUAGCGUGUGUAUCUAAAAGGGGGGUCUUUCUCUCUAUCAGUAUGCACCUUUUACAGAUUGUAUCUAUUUAUUUAUUUAUUUUUCCCAGAAGAUAAAAAAAUGUGUGUGAGGAUAUGCGCUUGUGUGUGUGUGUGCGUGUGUGUGUGUGUGUGUGUGUGUGUGUGUGUGCGCGCGCCUGUGCCUGUGUUUGAGUGGUUACUUAUGUAUUCUAAAAAGCAGAUUUUAAGCCUAGACAGUAAAUUAAGGUAGCAUUAAAAGUAUGGUGUUAUGUGUGUGUAAGGGUGUGUGUGUAUGUAUGUAUGUAUGUAUGUAUGUAUGUAUGUAUGUAUGUAUGUGAUAAUGGGCCUCCUUAACACAGGGUUACCAUGGACAGGCAUGCUUCCAAAGCUUUGUGAUUUCUUUAGCACGGUUUUUACUUUUUAGCCAAGCUGCAGCGUCAGAGGCCACUCUAUCUUUGAAAAUUACUCAUCGCAUAACUUUUCUUUAUAUUUCUGUUAGGAGAUAAUUAAGUGUAAGGUCUCCAGCGAGGUCAGAGUGACAGUUUACAGUGGUGAUAAAUUUCUACAUUGCAGCUUGGCCAGAAGGUAAGAAGCCUUUUGGCAAUUGCUGCUUUUCUUCAUCAUGGAUGGUUGCGCCGAAUGGUAGAAGCACCAAAUUUGUACUGCCACAGUGACGCCUCGUGAAUGAACUAAGGGGGGCGGGGGGGUGAAGCCCUGACUGCUCAGCUGUAACACACCAUAAUCACAUUAUUUCAUCAUUUUAAUUGUAGUUAAAACUCCAAAGGAACUAUUAGGGCUGGUGUUCAGAUGCUGCAAGAUUUCUAAAUCACAUCUCUUUGUCUGAGGUGUGCUCAUAUCACAAAACUUAUUAGCAUUGUUAGAGAUAAACUAAUUUUCUGUCUGUAAUGUAAUUUACUGGUAAAACUAAUAACUGGAAAAUUAUAAUACAAACAGGAGAUUCACAGAUAAUUGAUAAAAUAUGAUAAUUGUUAAUGGUUAAUGUGAUUAAUUGGUAGAUAUAAAUCAGAAAACUGAGAGGGAAGUUGCGUCAUGGAAGAUCUCCUGGUGUGAUUUUUGUAUUUUCACUAUUUUCUAACGCCUUCUAGUAGCAUGCUGACAUUUUUUGAUUGACCUCUUUCUAUCAUAGUUUGUCCUUUGAUUAUAGUUUGGAUUCACUUUAUAUAAGGUGUGGCCAUAGUACACCACACACAGGAUGCAGGUCUCACUUCAGUAUUGUAUUUUCAUCCUCCCAAAAAACAUUCCUGACGGCAGUAUCAUAUCAUUGUUAUGUCACAUUUAUUAUACCUUAUACCAGUGACUAUAGUAUUUGAAACUAAAAUGAUUAAAUUCAGCUCUAAAUGUUAUGUAACAAAUGAUGCUAGUCAUUGAAAAUUUGGAAAAACAUAGUUACCACCACGAUCCUGAUGCAAAGUCAACUAAACACAAAGUAUAGUAUUGAAAGUUUCUAUCUAACCAGACCAUUGCUCACAUUGCUCACUCAUAUCUCAGUUGAUUUAUUUAAAGCAGCGGAAAAAGAUCUAGUAAGAACGUCAGUCUUAUGUUAGAGUCAAAGCAUUAAAAAAUAGUUAUUUUAAUCUUAAAUUGUCAUAUUAGUUUAAAAAACAUUUUGCCAUAGUCUUGGAUCAUUGAAGAAAGAGUUGUUAAAGAUAAAUACAAUAAAUUAUAUCCUAAAGUCUCUCUUUAAAAGACAGUGAAUCCCCACUCAGAGACACUAUCACAUGUCAACCUAUGGCUUUUCUUUUUCACUUUUAUUUAUUCAUCAAGGUCUCACUGCUGAGCUCUCAAUCCUACAUGCUAAGCAGAACAGGUGUGUGGCAGGGAAGGGUAUGCAUGAACACACUGCCAUACACUGCAUCCUGUGCCAGUAACAGACUUCUGACAUUAUUAUGCAAAUUAAUGUGAAUGUUGAAUGUUUUUAGUGGCAGUGCUCUUGUUGUUUUGUGGUUACGAUCAUACUGCAAACCCAGAAGAAGUCUGUGUUGUCAAAGGAAUACCCUCCCUGAUAUUUAGUCUGUUUUUUGUUUUCCUACCCGGAAUCCUUUGGCUUCAUGAAAAUAUCUUAAGCAUUUCUUUCCUCUUUCCUUCUUUUCAGUUUUUGUAUUAGCACCUCAUUAAAAUAGGCUGGGUACUACUCUUUGUUGAAAUAAUUUGGUACCAUAAGCUAACAGGCUACUUUGUGGCCUGUGGCUCACAUCAGUUUGAGUAUAAGCUGCUUUUUUAAUCAGACUUUAAGUAUAAAAGUCAGUAAGGCAGGUUUGAGUGUAGUCGAGGAUGUUAACGUGCGAGCAAGGCAGGAUCUAACUUCAGUGUUUUGACCUUAAAAUUAGCACAACCUCACUUUGUGGUUUGGUUUUUGUUUCCAUACUUAGUUGGAUCAGCCCAGGUUAAGUUGAGUUAACCCUGAUUUAGGGGUAGAGGUAAGGGUUCUCCUCCAGGUUAUUUAUGCUGAUUUACAAGAUAAACCUAAUAUAUCAACAACCAUGAAUGUUUCUGUCAAAGCAGUUCUGAUUAGAAACCAAGAAAUGAAUGGCUUACUUUGAUAAAUCAAGGAAUUAUCCAACACAGAACCACUCUCAGACUUGGCCAAGAUAAAAUUAAGAUAGGUAGGUUUUCAUUAGGUUGCAUGACAGAUAUUUUUUUUUAUUUCUAAUCAUCAUAGCCUUAAGAUGAAUCAUCACAGAAACAUUCAUAAUGUUCACUCACAUAAAUAUGAAUAAUGCAAACAUGCACUCAAAAACUACAUACAGUCCCAGUCCUUUACUUUAAUGUUCCUAAUAAAUGAUCAUUUAUAUUUUAUGGAUACACACAUAGACACAUCGUAACCCUGUAUAUCAGAAGUGCCAAACCAGGCAUUGCUGUUUGUGAUAAAAGGCUCUUUGGUUUCAAAUGCUGAUGAGAGAGUGGAGCAACAUUGCAGUUUUUAUGUUCUAAAUAGGUAAGCAUGAACUAUGAGUUGUUGUAUUGCAGUAUAGUGGUAUGAGUGGGUGUAAUCCUGCAUCCCACAAGAUAUGCAAAAACAAUGCAAUAACUAUGACUGUAUACAAGGUUCCCGAAGUAAAUAUACUUGUGAAAGUGGAAAAAAAAUCAUGAAGAUGUAUUAUAUUCUGUUUGUUACAUUUUUAAGUAAACUCAGUGGUUUCCAUGCUAGAGAAACCUAACAUACUUGAAAUCAGGUACAUUUCAGUGCAGUAUAGUAAAGACGUAUUUAUUUAUCUUUCUCGUGUGAGGGUGUUGGAUCUGCAUCUGCAGUCCAAAAUGUGUACUGAGACAGUGAUCUGAAAUGAUUGUUUUUGCUCAUGGUUUAACAUCUAGCCAGUGGAUACCCAGACUAAAAAGCUGAUCAUUUAGUUUGAUUACUCAGCAGCAAAACCAGUUAACUUCACUUCCCUGUCUUAGUACUUUUUGGCUGUAUCCCUUUCUCUUGUUUAUUUCCAGUUAUAGUUUUUCAGUGGAUUGAGCUCCGUGGGUGCACCAUCACUAUUGCAUGAGGUUCACAUGUUGACAUUUGAGCGUUCCAGGUUUUGUAGUUGUUUUGUUUUAAUCAGGUUAAGUAUCAUAUCAUAUUAUGACAGAGUAGCUUUUUCUAUUAAGUGUAAAUACAGUGAUUAAAGUCAGUAUUUCUUCUCUAAACUAACAUUCGACAGUGGACAGCAGUGGAGAGGUAUUUGGAGGGUGAUUUUGCAUAUCUUGUGUCUUAUUGGCUCUUAGUUUAUUUUAUGAUUUUUAAUCCUGAGAAGGAUGGGACUCAUGUUUAUAUGAUUGUUGACAUGAGAGAAAUAGCAAACUAUAGUAUUUCUAUUCCCCAGUUUAGACAGGUGUCACUAAUUCUUGACCUAUGUGUUGCCAUAGUCUACUGUGUCACUUUGUUUUCAGCGUCUGCCCUUUUGUCUGCUGACAUGUGGAUUAGUGGGAGUAAUUUGUAUGAAAUGGACCAAAUCAACCCAUAUAUUUUUACAAAAAUAUUGGUGGAUUGAAAAUUAGGCUCAUUAUGGACAAACACCUAGGCAGGUGCUACUGUGCAUGGCACAUUCAUACAUUAUUGCUUACUUAAUGUAUUCAAGCACAAAGUAAUCAAUAUACAUUAAAAUGUCUACUUAAAAUCCACAGUUAAGCAGUAUCCCAAUUCCAUACUACGUACUAAGUCUAAGCAGGUUAUGAGUAUGUUAGUGUGUUCACACUGAAAAAGUGACAACAUUAAAUGUACAAAAGUAUGCAUUGUGAAAAAACAACAACAAAAACAAAAACUCUUGAGAAAUUGAACUACACACAGCUGCAAAAUAUUAAAGGGGUACUCCAGCUGAUUUAGUUUUAAAUUCAAUAAAGCUGGGGGAUCCCAUGCAUAUGAAUGAAGCUCUAAAUAUUAACAAUAAGUUAUUUACUAAUGGUAUUUACUAAUGGCUUUCUGUCACUCUGAGAUAACCCUGUUGACAUCACUAUGACACCACCAUACAAAAUGCAUCCAUGGAUGUGACUAAGAUGACUUUGUGUGUAUAUAUAUAUAUAUAUAUAUAUAAAAUAGAUGGUGGUGGGACAGCUCCAGAAGUUGUCAGAAUAUAACAAAUAAUAUUUUUUUCUAUGUGAACUUCAAAUGAUAAUGUCAUUUUAAAGUCAUAGUUUAACUGACAAUUUCACCACUAACAAUUUCCUGUUAGUGUAGAAUAAUAAAAUCUUGUACAUCAACUGCAAAAACAUAGUGUAUACAACUAGUAUGUAAUAUGGAAUUGGAACACAGCAUGAGUACAUGUGUUUUUGUUUGUCAUUAACAGCCCUUUUAAAUAGCUAAUAUUUUGACUAAUUAACAGGAAAAGCACAGAUGUAACUAAUAUCUUAAAUCAUAGUUCAUUCAGUAAACCAGCAUGCAUCAAACCACAGCUAUAGAGCUGGAACCACUAAAUGGACUGUUUCCAUUAUUAAUGGUAUUAGUUACAGCUGUGCUGCAUGGUCACAUUGUCCACCUUGAGUAAGUAAGUCUAUUGUGUGUCUUUAUGUACCUGUGGUCUCUGCCUCAUUUAUCAGGCUGAUAAGCUGCAGCUGUGUCUGCUGCCUCAGUUAAACUACAACCACACCCCUCCGCCUCAAAGGGUGCAGUUCAAAUCCAAAUCCAAGUAAUUUCCUCAAGUGAAAGCAGAGACAGAGAAUAAAGGCCUGGUUUCUGGUAGACGGAUGACAAUCCUAGUUGGCAGUUGAUGACAGUGGGAAACAGUGGGUGUUUUUGGCUGAGUUAGAAUGUUGGCUAGAGAGUAUUUUUAGGGACUGUAGAUGGUUUUAUUUCAUCAUGUUUGGAUUUCAGGGUGGUCUAAGUUCUGACAUGGUGAAUUAUAUAUCCAAGUAAUGUUUUAUGUGCAUGGGUUUCUCUCUCUAGGGGUAUUCAGUAUUGGUCCUAUGUGAAUGAUAAUGUUUUGUCUCACCACUAGCCAAUGAUUGUAUAUUUUUAUAUACCAUAUAUAGCAAGAUAUAUAUGAAUAUAUGAUAUUUAAUCACCAGAAUGUUAUAGAGUAAAAGAAAGGCAGGAGACCUAUUUGGGGAUGUAAUUUGUGAAAUAUCGGUUCUGAAAAUUGUCUAUAUAGGCCUACUGACUGAAGGUCAGUAUGAAUUUACUGAAUAAAGUCCCACUUUACUGACUGUAUUUUUAACCAAAAGAAACCAGCAGGGAAUAAUGUCAUUAUAUUUACUGAAACAUUGUGUGUAUUAGCUGAUGGCAUAUAUGUAAUGUAAAUUUUUACGGAAGGCUUGGAUGAUUCUCAGACUGUGGUUUUUCGGUCCAUGCAUAAAUGGCGUAAUAUAAAGAUCCUUAGCUGCAGAACAGAAGUAACACAGAGGCUACUCACAGUUUUUCAUUUUUAACAGUCUUAACCAUAGCUAAGUCCACUGGAAAUCUGUUACCAGUGCUGUGACUCCAGAAGCAGGAGGCUCUUUGUUCAGCUCAAUGCUACUAUGUAGAAAUCAAUAUUUUUCUUAAGUGAAAUCUUAAAGUUUGACAUCUACUUUUAAAUUUUAAGCAACAGAGAGAUCUGAAAUCUAACAUGUUUGCAUGUAUUUGUUUUAUGUUUCGUGAAAUGGGCCUACCAACAACCUGUUAGAGCAGGUCAAAGUCUGGACGUUUUUCUACUGUAGCAUGAGAGAUCUGUCUCUCUUUAUCUAGUCCUACAUCAGCGAAAUAGACACUGUACACUUUUUCAGAUAUAUUAUUUAAGCUAUUAAAGACAUCUAACCAAAAAUUCAACCUAUCAAGGACUAGAUCUCUCUCUCUUCUUCUUCUUUUUCUUCUUCUUCUCUCUCUCUGUCUCUCUGUGCUUUGAGCCAUGAAAAUCAUGUAGCUUCUAUAUUUUUUUUCUUCCAAGAAAGGAUUUGGAGGACUUGAACUGCAUCUUUGUAGAGAAAUCCCUUCAUCUGCACUGGAUGCAGAGCAGAAAGUAGUUUAGAGUGUCACCAAUUUAUUUGAUGUCAUCUUGACAGUGAGGAAUCAUAGAGGGAUUAAAAAAAGUCUGAUUAUGGAGAAGAGCUGCUGUACAUGACAGAUUUGAACUGUUCACUAUAAAAACUUCAACGAAAAUAGUAUUUUACACACAUGUAACAUUUAAAAAGGAUUAAAGCUGUGUGUUUAACCUAAACUAUACACAGAUAUGUAUUACUCAUCCAUUUCAGAGAGAGUUAGGCUGGAGAAUAGGACUCUUGUUAUUUUUCCUGUCUUAGUCAGUCACAUCUCCUCGUGGAUUUGUUACAACAGAUGUACGUUAUAUUUUCUUGUAAACUGAAACGUUUGUUGAUCAUUGUUUGCUCCUGACAAAAAUAUUUUAAGAGGACUAUUUUGAAUAUAGAUUUAUUUUCCUUUAUUCUACGUAAAAUCAGCAUAGCCUGUUGUCAUAGGAUUCUAAUUAAAUCUAACUGAAAUAUGAAUUCCCUUUUUAGGAGAAACAAGAGAAUCACCUCUUUGUUUUUCUGUUGUAUAGAUGUUAUUUUGAUGUCGAUGUUGAUGAAAGCUUUAAGGAUUUGAGCAGAAAGUGAAAGAGGGAAUAUAUUAUUGAAUACAAGUUUAUAUUGCAAGUGUCUAUUUUAGAUAUAUAUAGAAAAACUAUAUCUACAUUAUAAGAUAUUAAACGAUAGUUUGAAGCUGGAUUUUGCAGAGGAUCGAAAGAACUCUUGUUCUUUGAGGGAAAAUGCUCAGAUCAGGUUUGGAGGUGCCAUACUGUUUCAACUCCACACAUGCUGACAUUUUUGGUGUUAGACUCAGAGGACAAAUGUCUUACUGGUUUCACCAUCAGCUGAAUGUUUCCACUAGGUUUAGAAAUCGUUACAGCUAAGAUUAUUUUUUGUGAAAAUUUGCCUUUCUCUGAGUGUUGCCAAUGCAAAAGCAGGGCUUAACUGACUAACAGAAUACUGUAUAUGCACUUAUCUAACUACAAGAUUAAAGUGGUAGUGGUGCAUUUUAUUAAAUAACAUAGUGACACAGAUGCUUUUGGGAAAUUUGACUGCUGGUGGAUUAAUUAUGGUCAUGAAACCAAGUAUCAGACUGUGCCUGUGUGCAAAAUUACUAUUGAUGUUAACACCCAGUGCAGACAUUCAGAAUACAGCCUCCAAAAUCUUUUUAAAUGAAGGGUUAUUGUUUUGGAGGCAAGCUGAAUUAUAGUGAGAAAUUUUAAAAACCAUGAUCUGUACUGAAAGAAACUUAACCAACCUUUUGCAUAUUGUACUGCAUUGGCUCAUAGUAACACUCAAAUGGCUUGAAUUGUUUUCUUGUAGGAUGUUCAUGCAUGACCAUUCUCAUAGAUGCAUGAAAAGUCUUCACUGAUCCAUGUUGGUGAGGAACAAAAAUAUUAUUUCCAACCCCCUGGUGAACAAACCAGAUAGAUGGGAUUUGCUUGCCCAAAAGAUUUAGAAAUAGAAUUUAGAGUAGCUAGAUAUAACACCAAUCGUGUAGCAGCAACUAGAGCAGCACCCCUACGUGAACAUUUAGGACAAUUGUUAGUAUUGUAAGGACCUUGAAAGCCUUGUGUUCCACUCAGUCAGUUUUUUACUGUUAUUCAUACACAUAUUUGAAUGAAGGUAGUUCCAGUUUGCACAUAGGAGAGCACUACAAUUUUUAGUAGAAGGAUGCUGCACCCACAGCCUGUUGAUUGAGUUUUCUGUACCAGCCAGUGUUUCUAACAGUGACUUUCUUCAGGAUAUAACUUCAGCUAACAGCUACAGAGGUGUGGCAGCAGCUUUAUGAUGCAGAUUUUCUGCCAGUGGUUCUGGUGUUGAAACAGCUCAUCCUCAAUAGAACCAUGAAUGUCUCUGCCUCCUAAGAUCUACAUCUCUACUCUGAUUUUACUGAUAAGAGCUACAUUACAUUGCACCAUGAAUGAAAAUUAUUUCAGCCCUGUCAUCCCUUGAAUGUAGGACGCAGUGAUGCGCUUACUGGUGUCUGAAAAACCCACAUUUAGUAUUUGAAAGUUAGAUUUAGGAGACUUGUUUAUGUUUGGAUAUUUUACGUUGCAACCCGUAAUGGAAUAAAUUGUUGCAAAGUUUUAGCCAGCUAUCUCAGUGUUUGAUUUACCACAGACAUUAAAGAUCUGGAUUUAGCUCUUUGCCGACAGGUGGUUGCUGAUAAAACCCCAUUUGUCUACAAAGAGUUAAAAAUGAAUAGGUCUUGUAUGCCUGUGUGCGCAAAUGCAGCUUUAAUGAAUGAGUUGGCCCGUCUGAGAGCAAUGACCGUGUCAUGUACAUUAUCAGUGUUUUCUUCUGUGUUAUUUCUUGCUGGGGUGGCAAUGCUUCUUUAACAGCACGCAGGCAUUAACUAAAACUCUCUACCCAGGUGGGUUGUUCCCGUCUUUUUGCCAGCCUGAUGAUUUAAUGGCAGGGGAUCCACUGCUCCAUACACAGUAGUGUCUAUCGAAGGCUUCUCUGUUCUUUAGUUACUGGGUAAAUGCCAGGGCUAUGUGGCUCUGUUCUCCACUGGUCAGUAGUGUCUUAUGAUCUUGUUUGUAGUCUUAGUUCACUACUCAUGCAAAGCGUUAAAGGGCCUUUGACAGGAAUGAGCUGUUUGUUUUUGUUUUCUGUCAGAGAAGUCUGUUAUUGAUCCUCAAGUAUUAUUUUUUAAAGAGAGGUGUUCACACAGAGACCAAUUUGUGGUAAUAUUAGUAGUGGCGCUACUGUUAAAUGUAGUAUUUAAUAACAGCACUAUUUAUGGUCAAAAAAAUGAACUAGAGUGUGUUAUUGUGCUUGCGGUAGCUUUGGAGGCAGGUGGCCAUUUUGUAAGAGUUCUUAAACAUAAGCCACUCCCCCUCGACUGUGCGAGGGAUUUCAUUGGUUCUGAGGUUGCUAAGUGACACUGGCCCAACAUCAUUUGGUUUCCUCAGUUACCAUUUGUCACCUUGGUGAAGACUGCAUGGUCUCACAGUUGACACACCCUUUUCUUCUUCUUCUGCUUCUCUUUCUUUUUUCUAAAGGAGAGUUUUUUGUUCAUUUCAUUUUAGAUUUUAGAAAGGGAAAGAAUACAAAUGAAAUAAAUCAGAAUAUUAAUUCAAUCACUUUUCUACUCCUAUUUUCAAUAAAAAGUGAAAAGAAAAAACAAACAAAAAGUUGAUUUGUAAAUAAGUAAUGUACAGUUUGUAUCUGUAACUUGUCAGUCUGUCAUUGGUGACAGAGUCUGUCUUGCUUAUAACGCACGCUACCAGUAAAUAAAAAAGGAAAAAGUAUAUUUAGACUGUAUGGUCCCUUGAAAGCAAGUUUUAAAUUAAUAUCUGAUGUAUAUUCCUGUAACAUUGCAUUUUUAUCUGAGGAAUGAUGUUAUUAAAAAAUUGCAAAUAAAUUGCAUUUCCUACA